UUCGCUUGCGGCGACUUUGCAUUUUCGAGGACCGCUGGAAGCAUGAACAUCAUCCGCAUGCUCGGAGACAUCACGCAUGUGGCCAGCUUCGUGGUCAUGCUGCUGCGCCUGCAGGCCGGGCGGUCGGCCUCGGGCAUCUCGCUCAAGUCGCAGGAGCUCUUCUUCCUCGUGUGCGUCACGCGGUACCUCGACCUCUUUACGCACUAUGUGAGCCUGUACAACACGACCAUGAAGCUGCUCUACCUCACGCUCACGGGCGCGAUCGUGUACCUCAUCCGCUACAAGGAGCCGUUCAAGUCGUCGUACGACAAGUCGCUCGACUCGUUCUUGCACUGGAAAUUCGCAGUCUUGCCCUGCGCGAUCCUCGCCAUCAUCUUCAACGAGCGCUUCGAAGUGCUCGAGAUUCUCUGGACGUUCUCCAUCUACCUCGAGGCCGUCGCGAUCGUGCCGCAGCUCAUCUUGCUCCAGCGCCACGGCGAAGUCGAAAACUUGACCUCCAACUACGUCGUGCUCCUCGGCAUGUACCGCGGCUUCUACCUCCUCAACUGGAUCUACCGCGCCGCGACCGAGUCCCAGUACCACACGAUCUGGCUCAUGUUUAUUGCUGGCAUUGUGCAAACGGGCCUCUACGUCGACUUUUUCUACUACUACGCCAUCAGCAAGUACCAUGGCAAGAAGAUGUCGCUCCCGACCUAAGCACUAGACGCGCUACCGACUUUGGAAGCAUGCCGGCGAGAGACGACCGACUCGUCCAUCCGUGGGCUAUUGAUGCAUUCGCUUCAACAGGAUUCCUUUGGUCAUUC